AUAUUCAGUACAAGAUAUACACAAAAAAAUAUAAGAAAAAAAUAUAGACAAUCAUUUAUUAAUUUUGCGUCAUGAAAUCUGUUACUCAGUUUGUGGUUUUUUGUGUUCUCAUGUUUUUCGUGAUGCAUAAUGCUAAAGUGGAAGCAGAAGACCGUCCACCUGUACUUGUUGAAUUCUUUCCGGGAAAACUAUGUAAUCCUAUUCAAAGUCGGGGUGCUCAACAGUGCAAAGAUGAAACUCGAGAUCCUUACUAUCCUCAUUGCGUUUGUAUAAAUGUACAAGGUGGGCAUGAUUGUUCAUGUAAUCAUUCAUAAGUUUCCUUUAUAUGUAUGAUUUAGUGAAUCUUGAGAACUAAAAUAUAUUUAAUAAAAAAUAAAAAUUAAUCUUUGA